AUGACCAGCACAAACAGGUACAGGAACAGCAGCAAGAACAGCAGAAACAGGUACAGGAGCAGCAGUAAGAACAGCAGAAACUACUACAGGAACAGCAGCAAAAACAGCAGAAACGGCUACAGAACAGCAGCAAGAACAGCAGAAACUGCUACAGGAACAGCAGCAAGAACAGCAGAAACAGCUACAGGAACAACAGCAAGAACAGCAGAAACUACUACAGGAACAGCAGCAAAAACAGCAGAAACAGCUUCAAGAACAGCUGCAAGAACUGCAGAAACAGCUACAGGAACAGCAGCAAGAACAGCAGAACCAGCUACAGGAACAGCAGCAAGAACAGCAGAAACAGCUACAGGAACAGCUGCCAGAACAGCAGAAUCCGCUACAGGAACAGCAGCAAGAACAGCAGAAACAGCUACAGGAACAGCAGCAAGAACAGCAGAAUCCGCUACAGGAACAUCUGCAAGAACAACAGAAACAGCAACGGGAACCGCUGCAAUAACAGCAGAAACAGCUACAGGAGCAGCAGCAAGAACAGCAGAAACAGCUACAGGAACAUCUGCAAGAACAGCAGAAACAGCUACAAGAACAGCUAUAGGAACAGCAGCAAGAACAGCAGAAACAGCUACAGGAACAGCAGCAAGAACAGCAGAAACAGCUACAGGAGCAGCAGGAAGUACAGCAGAAACAGCAGAAACAGCUACAGGAACAGCUGCAAGAACAGCAGAAACAGCUACAGGAACAGCUGAACAGCAGCAAGAACAGCAGAAACAGCUACAGGAACAGCUGCAAGAACAGCAGAAACAGCUACAGGAACAGCUGCAAGAACAGCAUAAACAGCUACAGGAACAGCUGCAAGAACAGCAGAAACAGCUACAGGAACAGCUGCAAGAACAACUACAGGAACAGCAGCAAGAACAGCAGAAACAGCUACAGGAACAGCUGCAAGAACAGCAGAAACAGCUACAGGAACAGCAGCAAGAACAGCAGAAACAGCUACAGGAACAGCAGCAAGAACAGCAGAAACAGCUACAGGAACAGCUGCAAGAACAGCAUAAACAGCUACAGGAACAGCUGCAAGAACAGCAGAAACAGCUACAGGAACAGCUGCAAGAACAACUACAGGAACAGCAGCAAGAACAACAGAAACAGCUACAGGAACAGCAGCAAGAACAGCAGAAACAGCUACAGAAAAAGCAGAAACAGCUACAGGAGCAGCAGCAAGUACAGCAGAAACAGCAGAAACAGCUACAGGAACAGCUGCAAGAACAGCAGAAACAGCUACAGGAACAGCUGCAAGAACAGCAGAAACAGCUACAGGAACAGCAGCAAAAGCUGAGGAAUCAUUAG